AUCAGUUUGUAACUUCCACUGUUAGCUGGAUUACAGGCGCACGCCACAACACCUAGUGAUCUUGCUUCCGAUUAAUAAAGGGGUAAAAUUCUUUAGUGCAAUGGAGAGAUGGGUUGGAAGAGUUGCCCUGGUAACUGGUGCAUCUGUUGGUAUUGGAGAAGCAAUAACUAGAUCCCUUGUGAGGCAUGGAAUGAUAGUCGUUGCCUGUGCUCGUGGAGUGGACAAAAUACAGGCAAUGAAGUUAGAGCUUGAAGCCGAGUCUGCGUGCGGAAAGCUUCAUCCUAUCCAAUGUGAUCUUACUCAGAAAGAUCAGAUAGCUGCCAUGUUUAAAGAGAUCAAGAAGGAGUAUAAAGUAGUCCAUGUUUGUAUCAACAACGCAGGUAUUAGCUUUGAAGCUGGUCUCAUCAAAAGCAACCCAGAAGAUUGGCAGAUGGUGUUAGAUGUAAAUAUCAUGGCUCUGUGUAUUUGCACACAAGAAUCAAUAAAAUUGAUGCUGGAAAACAAAGUGAAUGAUGGACAGAUUAUACAUCUCAAUAGUAUGUCUGGUCACAGAGUGGUAGGAGAAAGUUUUUACUGUGGAACUAAGUACAUGGUGACAGCUUUGACAGAAGGUUUAAGGAAUGAGCUGAGGGCAAUGAAGACCAACAUCAGAGUUUGUGGUAUUUCACCAGGUAUUGUCGAGACUGAAUUUGCGUUCAGGAAGUUACAUCAAGAUCCCGCCGAAUGCACAUUUUACCAAGAAAAUCCUGGUCUGAAAGCAGAAGAUGUUGCGAAUCAAGUCAUUCACAUUCUUCAGCAGCCUGCUCAUGUCCAGCUUCAUGACAUUUUGAUGCGAGCUACUGAACAGGUGUUGUAAGAGGAUUCAAUUUCAGGCACUAUUGAGAGCCCACUAAUUUGGUUUAUUAUUGUGUGUGAGAUGAGAUUUAUUGCUGGGGUCUUGUAGUAAUUAGAGAUUGAGCUAUGAAUACUAAUCAAGGACAAGAUAUGGAAGUAAACCUAAAAGAAAUUUAUGUUAAAGCGAAAUGCAAUCAUCUCCAGCUGGUUAAGGUACUUACAUACAUGUACAUGAAAAUAACACAACGUGAUGAAUAUGUAGAACCUGUGUAAAUUGAACAAAAUUGUAUGCUACCAUUGUUUCCUUUAUCUAAUAUGAAAAACAAGGUAAAUUUAUUUGGAAUACUUAAGGUCCGUGCAAACUACAAUGUCUAUUUAAAUGACAACUACCAUUAAUACAUUUUGUAUGACCGAAGCUGUUUAAUGACACAUUUUAUUAACGUACAUGUACAUGUAGUUGCUAGAAUUCUAUUAACAUUGUAUUCACUCUGUAUAAGCAUCGCACUAAGAUGCGGAAACUUAUAGUUAUGUCCAAUAAAGACAAAUACAAACAUCAUUCUUUUGAUAUUCUACAGUGUAUGUACAAUUUGGAAAUAGCAAUAGAAAUUAUUAAUACUACAUUUUUGUUUCAGUAAUAAAAGGAGGCAAAUGUUUCUUAUUGAUUACAAUACUUAAUAUAUUUCAAUUUUUACUUGCAAAAUGUUUGUUAUCCAAACAUUUGUGUAAUAUGUAAUUUUUUAAUCAAAUUAACUACUUAAGAGAGCGCUAAAAACUCACCUUUUUGAUGAAUGCUUCGAUUAAUUAUUAUGUAAACGUACAUUAAACAUUGUAAAGCGCUUUGAGAGGACCUUCGAUCCUAAAAUGCGCUAUAGACUGAAGAACGAACUAUUAUUAUUAAAGAAUUUUUAUGAGACUUAUACAAAAAAAAUAUUACAACUCUUCUUCUGAUACGCCUUCUUUGAGGGAAUUUGUAUUGAAUUAAAAAAUGCCAUGAGGUUCAAAUCAAUCAUACAUUUACUAUUUCAUUGCAAUUAAAUAGUCAAAUAUGAAACAUUCAUAAAUUGAUGACGAACUAUAAAUUAUGUAAAUAGUUUUACAGAAUUGUAACCGUUUUCAUUUUGGCUGAAUUAUUUUAAAAUACAUACAUGUAUCCCCAUGUAACAAUUAUGUAAUCAUAACAAGACUAGAUUGUUUGUAAAUGUAUUGUAUGGUUAUAAAACAAAAUUGAAGG